AGAAGGAAGGGUUGAAGAGGAGGAAUAGUUGGAGAGGAGGAAGGGUUGGAGGGGAGGAAGGGGUUCCCUGCACCCAAUUCCAAUUGGAAUCUUCCCAGUAGGUGCCGAGCCAACCCGGCAGAGCCCCAGGACAGAAAACACCUGGGACAAAGGCACGUGCCCCCAUUUUGGGGUCAUUGUGGGGACCCCUGCCCAGGACAGAGCUGGCAGGGCUGGGAGCAGGGCUGGAGCCACAGCAAAAGCAGCAUCUUUUUGUGGCAGCUCGUGAUGUCAGCCAGGUCCCCUGGCUGUGCAAACAGCGGUGCAGGGACAUUGCACUUCCUCCUGAGCGCUCGGCUGCGCUGAGCACGGCUCUGCCUGCCAAGGAAUGACCCACCCACCCUACAGCAGCGCAGCCUCGUCCAGCAGCCCAGCCAUGAGCCAGAGCAACCAGAGCUGCUCCCGCCAGGACAUCACCUUCAAGAGCAGCCUCUACGCCACCACCUACACCCUCAUCUUCAUCCCGGGGCUCCUGGCCAACGGCGCUGCCCUGUGGGUGCUGUGCAGGUUCCUCAGCAGGAAGAGCAAAGCCGUCAUCUUCAUGAUCAACCUGGCCGUGGCCGACCUGGCCCACGUCCUGUCGCUGCCGCUGCGCAUCUACUACUACAUCAACCACACCUGGCCCUUCGGGGACGUGCUGUGCCUGCUCUGCUUCUACCUGAAGUACCUCAACAUGUACGCCAGCAUCUGCUUCCUCACCUGCAUCAGCAUCCAGCGCUACUUCUUCCUGUACCACCCGUUCCGCGCCAAGGGCUGGAAGCGCCGCUACGACGCGGCCAUCAGCGCGCUGGUGUGGCUCGUGGUGGGGGCGGCCUGCGUGCCCUUCCCCAUCAUGAGGAGCCACGGGCUGGGGGCCAACACCACCAGCUGCUUUGCCGACCUGCAGGUGAAGCCCAUCGCCAGCAAGGUGGGCACGGUGCUGAUGACGGGCACGGCCGAGCUGCUGGGCUUCGUGGGGCCGCUCGUCACCAUCCUGUUCUGCACGUGGAAAACCAGAGACUCCAUCCGCGGCUUCCACGGCCCGCAGGAGAGCAGCGGGGAGAGGAGGAAGGCCCUCAGGAUGGUUUCCAUGUGUGCCGUCGUGUUCUGCGUGUGUUUCGCUCCCUACCACAUCAACUUCUUCUUCUACAUGUUGGUGAAGGAGGAUGUCAUCACCGACUGCUUCCUGAGCACCGUCACCCUCUACACACAGCCCUUCUGCCUGAGCCUCGCCAGCUUCGACUGCUGCUUGGAUCCCAUCAUCUACUUCUUCAUGACUUCUGAGUUCCAGGAGGAGAUUUCCAGGCACAGCAGCAUGGCCAUCCGGAGCCGGCUGAUGAGCAAAGAGAGCGCCUCGUCCAUGAAGGAAUGACAAGAAAGCCACUUGGAAAAAAACCCAAGGAAUUUCAUAUGAAAUCUGAGACUGGUCUGAGAUACUCCAUUGCAAACUCCGUUGUGGAAGAUCCUGCAGGUUUGUCAGGGGAGUUUUGGGGCAGUGGAAUUUUUUCAGUGUAUAGAAGAUAAAACCCUGUGUAAGACUGGUGUGCUGGAAUCUGGUGAGUGCCCCAAUUGGUGUGACUGUCCCCAUGCUGUGCCAUCCCCAGCCGACCUCACUGGACUAGAGCACACACAGGAGGGUGUGAAGAGAACUUUUACCAGUAAACGGUGGAAAAGUCCCAGGUUUUUCUUCUCCUUUCCCAGUUGCAGGCUCUGUGAUCCAGCCAGAGACAAUCCCACAUUCACACACUGAUACCUGCUGUAGGCUCUUCUCUGGGAAAACCACACAAGAACCCAAAACUGGCCAGUAGCAACCAAAGGACGUUGUGGUUUGUGCACUGGGGGCUGUGGACAGGUGAAGGUGGUUUCCAUGUGCUCCUGGGUUUGGUGCAUCCCACUCAGUGUCCCACCAGUGACCUCUGCUCCCCCUUUCUGCACUCACCCUCCUUUUCUGCUCCUCCUUUCCCUCCUCACCCUCCUGCUCUGCUCCUCAUUUCCCUCCUCACCCAGCUCUCUUUGCUCCCUAAUUGCUGACACAUCCCACAGCUUGCACCUGCAGCUGGUGCAAGACCCUCUGCAAGACAAAUUCUCCCCCAACAUCCAGAGAGUGGCACCUUCCCUUGCUCCAGGUGACUUUCUUCCCCUCCAAGCUGGCGAGGGGGACAUGGCAGGUGGCUUUUGCCUUUGGACCCCUUGGAGCACCCCAUGGUCGUCCUGGGGUCAGUGCAGGUGGGUUUGGUGGUGCUGGUACCACUCAGGUCCUCACUCCCUUCUGUGUGUGGUCCAGAGGCACCUGAGAUGAAUCUGCCCCAAAAAAGCUCAGCUUGACCUGUUCAGUCGAUGCAUCUUUUAAAAAAGAGAGGAGUCCUUGCCAAGGUGAUUUCACUGAUAGACCAGAAGUUAAGUUCAUAAAUUACUGUGAUUUUUUUUCUACCAAGUCCUGUCAUGAUCCUAAUGUUUACAUUUUUUGGUAGCUAUGCAAGGCAGCCACAAGGAAGAAUUAAUUUACUCCAUAUUUUUAAUUAGUUACAGCUCUUCAGCUGAGUCCACCCACUCUGUAACCUCAAGGGUAUCUCAUGAUACCUGGGGAUGGAUUUGGAUGAGCAGUCACCAAUUUCCUGCCUUUGGAAAUCAGUAUAUUUUCAAAAGAAUGUGAACAAUUUGUACAGUCUUGCCACAGUUGCUACAAAACCAAAAGAAAUACCAGAAACACUUGCCAUGUGUAUUUUAACUCCAACCACUCAAUUCCACUGAGUUAAAAUGUAAUUCAGCCAAAUAUUUCCUGUAUAUUGUGUUUUCCCACUUCACUGUUUUACAAAAAAAAAAAUUAAAUAAAAAUGAGGGGAAAAAGCCAAGAAUCAGGGUUUAAACAACCAUUUCCCUCUAAAAGGCAACGACACUGAUUAAACACAAUAAGCUCUCAUGGUUCUCCUCCCAAGUGAGAGAAGAUGAUUUUGGGCUGAGUAGGAUGCUCUGGAGUCGAUGGAAAUGUUCUCUCUGAUGUCACUGACACAAUAAAUGUUUACAGAUGCUCACGGACUGAGCUGACCUCACACAAUUCAAUUUUUUUUAGUUCAGCAGUCUCUCAUAAGCUACACUCUGUAUAAAGCUGUCAGGGAAGGAGACUUCAGUUUCAGUGCUUGUUUUGAGGAUUUUUGAGCCCUUGCUCAGCCUCCACAUGAGCUGUUUCCUGUCCCUUCACUUUCUCACCCUUCUCUCCUGACCAGGUGAAAACAAGCUGAGGGCACUUACAGGAACUCUGCAGCUCAUUCUGUGGGUUUUACUUCCCAAGAA